AUGAAUAAUCUCAACCAACCACCCCCUCCCCCUCAACCAGGCAACAACAACAACAAUGCCAACAAUAAUUGGAACAGCAACAACAAUUCUCAAAAGAGUUCCAAUGAAGAACGUCAAAAAGUUGUUAGAAUCAUAUUGGAUACGUUGAAUAUGACCAAUCCUAAUUAUGAUCCACAACGAUUAGCUCAAACUGCUCAGGAUUUUGAAAAAUAUAUUUAUGAGAAUGCUCCUACUAGAGAUGAUUACUUGAAAGCUAUUAGACAAAAGGUCACUCAGUUGAGAAGUUCAACCCAACAACGGCAACAACAACAACAGCAGCAGCAGCAGCAACAACAACAACAAAGACAACAGGUUCAACAACCACCUCCACCUCAGGCACAGGUCCAACAACAACAACAGAUGGGAAGAAAUAACAUGACUCCUAAUCCCAAUUCAAUAAAUGCUCAGAAUCAGUUUUUGCAACAACAACAAUCUCAAGCUAGAAAUCAACCUCAAUUACAACCUCGCCAGCCACAGCAACAACAGCAGCAGCAACAACAACAGCCACCUCCAGCGCAACAGCAACAGCAGAUUCGAAUGGGAAAUAUGCCUCAACAGAACCAACAGGGUGGUCAACUUCCAAUUCAACUGCAACAACCCGGGCAAGCUGGUCAAGGUGGUCAACAACCAAGACCAAACCAGCAACAAGCGUUCAGUGCUCAAAACUCAAAAUUGGUUGAAAUGGUUAGAAAUUCGGCAAUUCCCCAACCAUUACUUGCAAAAAUCCCUAAUUUACCUGCUGGUGUUACAACUUGGAAUCAAGUAUUUGCAUGUAUAAAAAAGAGAAUAAUUCCGCCUGAAUCAAUUCAAUUAAUUAAAGAAAUUCAUUCUACUCAUGUACAAUUAGCUUAUCGUGAACAACAACAACAAAAAAUGAAUCAAAUGCAACGAUCUUUGAAUGAUAGUAAUACUACAAUUUCGGCUCCAACUAGUUUGAACACAUCUAUAAGUAAGACUAAUAAUGCUAAUAAUUUAGUGAUGAAUACAACAAAUCCAAAUUUUAAUAUUAAUAAUUUAACUCCACAACAAAGGGAGCAAUUACUUCAAAGACAACGUACACUUCAACAACAACGAAACCAACAGCAACAACAGCAGCAGCAACAGCAGCAGCAACAGCAGCUGCAACAACCUAGAGUGCAGCAACCAGUUCCACAAGCUGCAGGAGGCCCAUCACAAAGUCCCCAAAUGAUGCAAACGACAAUUCAACAAAAUCAACAACCUCCACAACAACAGCAAGUCCCACCUCAACAGCGUGGUCCUCCACCAGCACAACAACAAGAUCAAUCACAACCUCCUAAACCGCCUCAGUUUCAAAUUACUCAACAGGAUUAUAACAGGUAUGCAAAUGAAGCAGUUGCUGUUUUGAAUAAGUUGCAACAACAGAAGCAGAUUGAAGGACCUAUUGAUCAAGGUAUGAAGGAAAGUUUUAUUAGAAAAUACAUUAUUCAUCAAAAGACAUUACUUUGGAAACAACAAAAUGGAUUAGCUCCAGCUCCUCCUCAGAAAGUUGGUCAACAACCACAAGCACAACCUCAACAACCACCACCACCUCCACAACAACAACAGGUUCAACCUCCACAACAACAACAAUCGAUCCCACAACAGGUUCCACCCCAAGGGCAACUUCAUCAACAACAAUCUUCAAUUCAAGGAAUGCCGCAACAACUGCCAAUGUUAACUAAUAUGAAUACACCGAUGUUGAAACCCAAUACACAAGUAAAUACUCUUUCUUCACCAUUAAUGGCUCAACGUGGCGUUAUGAAUACAAAUGCCCAAGUAGCUGCACCAGGACCAGUUCUAGGACAAGGUCCCGGACCAGGACCAGGAGGAGCUCCUGCACAAGCAACAAACAUUCCACCCGCUAAUAGAAAUAGACCAUUAUCAGGAACCGGUCCACCCCAACCAGGUGCCAUUCCUCCCAUAAAUGAAGAUUUUAAGAUGAAGUUGAGACUGUUUACCGAAGAAGUUGCCCGUAGUAAUGUUGUAUUGAAGGAUGUGACUGCAUUACUUUCACCUCAGGAUAAAUUAGCUGUACGUGAAUCAAUGAAUAGGAUUCAAGAACAGUAUGGAAGUGUGGAUAGUAUUAUUACUUAUUUCUUUUUGUUGACUAGGAAUGCCGAGGGGACAAAGAGAUUGAUUCAGAUGAAAUAUAUGACGAAGAAUAUUUUGGAUAAUUUACAUAGAGGGAUUUAUUUGGCAACUCCUGAAUUAUUAGAGAAGUUAAGAGGACAAUAUAGUAAGUAUUUUGAAUAUGUUAAGGAACAAUUUGCAUUAAGAAAACAACAACAAGCGGCAGGACAACCUCAACAACAAGGAAGACAACAACCGCCACAACAACCACAACCGCAGCAACCAGGUAGACAAGUUCCUCCAGUAGGUCAACAACAGCCACCACCUCUUCCACAACAACAAGCGGCACCAAUCAAGAGUCAGACGACACCAUUCAUGAACCAAAACCAACAAGUACAACCUCAAAUGGGAAUUCCACAGCCUAUGCCACCAGCACAACAACAACAGCAGCAACAACCACCCCAACAGCAACAACAACAACAAUUUAACAACUGGCCACCUGCUCCUGGACCCGUUGGAGGUAUGGUUGCACAAUCAAGCGGUGUUCCCAGACAGCAACAGAAUAUUGGCAGCAGUCCAAUAGUUCCACAACAACCAAUUCCACAACCACCACCACAACAAAUGCCAUUACAAUCCCCCAUCCCCACCUUUCAACAAAUUCCAAUCCCACAACAACAACAACAACAGCAGCCCCCACUCGUCAAACCACAAAAGGGAGCCGCUAAAUCCACCGCAGGUGCCAAGAAAGCGGGACCAGGACGUAAACGGAAAAGCAGUUCUGCUGCCCCAACACCAGCAGUCAUCGCAGCACCUACUCCCGCCACAUUGGCAAAUGCAAUCAAGACCCCCAAUAGUAUCCCAACACCUCAAAUCCCUCCCGGAUCUCAUUCAAAUAAGAAUACACCCCAAGCAUCAUCCAGUGUCCAAUCACCACCCAUUAUUAGUCAUGAGACUCCCGUAUAUAGUGCCGAGCAUGAAUUAUUUGGUGGCAUGGUGCAGAUUGAUUCUAAGACUGCUAGACGGAAGGAAUUAUUAGGUUCUGAUCCUGAACAAUUUUUCAUGGCUGCUUUGGCGAAUUUAUUAGAAAUUGAUGAGAAUAAUGGUGGGGAUAAUAGUGGUAAGAAAUUGGCGAAGUCUCCGUUGUCUCCAUAUGAUAGUAAUUGGGUCUGUAGUGUUAGACCAGGGGCGAUUGUGAGUUCGUUUAGACAGGUGGAGCAGAUUAGAGAGACUGUGGAUCAUGAUAUUAUUGCUAAAUGUGAGGAAUUGGCUAUUUCUCAGACUGGGCAGGGUCAGAAUGGUGAGAAGAGGAGGUUGGAGGAAGAUGAUGAUUUGGAUAUGUUGUUUAAUGAAAAGAGAGUGAAGAGGGAAGAAGGUGAGGUGGAUAUGAUGAAUAAUAGUGAUAGGUUUAUUUAUGAACCGAUUGGAUUUGAUGAGUGGAAACAAUUUGUUGUUUCUUCUAUCCAAUGA